UCGGACUCUGAUACAAGAAGCACAUAUAAACAUCCUUCUUCUCUCUCAAUCUCAACAAGAAGAACACUGCAAGUAGCAAUCUCAACAAGCAGAUUUCGUCCCGCGCGAAUCAACUUUACUUGGUAAUCCAGCGGAUACAAAUCGCUCCACCCAAUACCGAUCAUCCUUGCCACGAUUGCAAAAGCCACACCACAUAUUGAUAUGCGUACCAGUACUCUCAUCCUCGGCAUCGCGCUGGCUGUCAGCAGUAUCGCCAGUCCGGUUAAAGUGGACCUCGGAGAUGGCGUCGAGUAUGAGAUCGGCUAUCCUGUUAUGGCCGCGCAGGUCGGUGAUCCAGAGGUUGUCCACAUACCGAAGAGGGCUACUACUUCUACUUCUACAAAGACCACUUCGACUCGGAAGGCUUCUUCAUUUAAAACAACCUCGACGGCGAAAGCAUCACCAAUCGCGACGAAACUGGCAACUACUUCCUCGAAGGUUAGCAGUACUUCGAAGACCUCAAGUACCCAAAAGUCAUCGGCGGCUCCGGCAAAGGCCACUACCUAUCAGCAGCGCGUUCUUGUUUCGCACAACGUCCACCGUGCAAAUCAUUCCGCCAGCAAUCUCAUCUGGGAUAAUGCUCUCGCAUCGACUGCCGCAAAGAUCGCCUCUACUUGUGUUUAUGCUCACAAUACAACAACCGACGGUGGUGGUUACGGUCAGAAUAUAGCUGCUGGUGUUACUGCAGACAACAUAACAGCCAUCAUCACGGAGCUCUUUUACAACAACGAGGUUUCACACUUCAACGGUCUCUACGGGCAAGCGCAACCUGACAUGUCCAACUUUGGCAGUUGGGGACACUUUUCCCAGAUUGUUUGGAAGGGUACUUCGAAGGUCGGCUGCGCUACCCAGUACUGCCCUAAAGGCCUUGCCAAUGUCGGACCUUACACUCCACCAUACUUUACAGUGUGUAACUAUGGUCCUCCAGGUAACUACCUUGGUGAGUUUGCCGAUAAUGUCGGUAAGUCCCUCAACAGACCAACAGUUCAUUGGAACUAUGGUUUGUAGAGAUAGGCUCGAUGAAGUCAGAGCAGGUCACCAUAGAGCAGGAUUUGGGAAGCACAACCGCGAGUGGGCGCAAUCAAGCGUCCGGUCAGAUGCCUGCACGACCCGCAAAAAAUCCCCUCUCGACUAUUAGCAAAAG